AAAAAGGCAUUAACCUAUCUCAGAAAAAAUAUGUACUUGAUCUUCGGGAAGAAACUGGCAUGUUAGGUGCAUGACCUAUUGACACUCCUAUGGACCCAAAUCGUAAACUCUUGAAAGAUGAAGGGGAGUUGUUUGGAGAUCUAGGUUGGUAUCAAAGACCUGUUGAAAAAUUGAAUUAUCUUACUAUCACUAGACCUGAUAUCUCUUAUGCAGUGAGUGUAGUGAGCCAAUUUCUACAAACGCCCAGGGUCUCACAUUGGGAUGCUGUAAUUCAUGUUCUUCAUUAUCUUAAGCGAGCUCCUGGCCUUGGACUAUUGUAUAGACCAAAUGGAUACCUUAGAAUUGAAGCUUUUUCAGAUGCUGAUUGGGCUGGAUUUCCUUCAGAUAGAAGAUCGACUACUGGAUAUUGUACCUUUAUGGGAGGUAACUUGGUUACAAGGAAGAGUAAGAAGCAAACAGUAGUAGCUCAGUCUAGUGCAGAAGCAGAAUACAGAGCAAUGGCUCACACUACCAGUGAGCUGACAUGGUUGCAACACUUUCUUCAAGAGAUUGAGUUUCCAGCUCCUGCCCUUCUUCAGUUACUUUGUGAUAGCUAAGCUACAAUGCAUAUUGCAUCUAAUCCUGUAUUCCAUGAGAGAACUAAACACAUUGAGAUUGAUUAUCACUUCAUUCGGGAUAAGAUACUAAGUGGUGACAUUUCUACACCCUUUGUGAAGUCUGUUGAUCAAUUUGUAGAUAUGUUUACAAAACCACUGUGUUGUAGUCGGUUAAAGCUUAUUUGUUCCAAGCUAGGUUUAUAUGAUAAUAUGCCCCAGCUUGAGGGGGAGUGUUAGAGGACAUGGUUGUAAUUAGUAUAGUUUAUGAGUGUACAAUGGUCAUUUGUAUGUAAUAUGUAUAGGAUGAUUAAUGUUAACGAAGAUACAAAUUCAUUCUCUCU